CGGUGGGGCCUGUCCUUCAACUUGCCGAGUGGUUGGCUGCUCCGAUUUGUCAUCAAUUUAAGUACUUGUACAACUACACUACCAAUUUCAAAAAUCUGGAAAUGGAAGUUGGUAAGUUGAAGAAUACAAGAGAUGAAGUUGAGCGUAAGAUUGUUGCUGCUGAAAGAAAUGUGGAAGUGAUCAAACAAAAUGUUAAGGACUGGCAGAAAAAUGUGGAGGACACAAUUACUAAAGCUGAGCAAUUGAUUCAAGAGAAAGAAAUCAACUCGCGUUGUUUCAAGAGAUUGUGCCCCAGCUUCAUCAUUCACUACAAACAAAGCAGGAAAGCUUUUAAAUUGAAGCGGGAUGGUAUUGAUCCACUCCUCCAGCAAGAAAGGGAAUUGAGUCCAGUUUCCUAUCAAACUAAUCCACCAGAGAUCUGGCUUAGAUCUAGUGAAAAUUAUUUGGCUUUUGAAUCAAGAAACUCCACUGUAAAGAAUGUAUGGGAUGCUUUAAAUGAUGAGAAUGUCUUCUUGAUUGGUGUUAAUGGGAUGGGGGGUCUUGGGAAGACCACUCUUGUGCAAGAAGUUGGUAGGAAAGCCAAGAAGGAAAAGCUCUUUGACGACAUUGUUUUUGUGGAGGUAUCAGAAUCUCCUGAUAUAAAGAAGAUUCAAACAGUAAUUGCAGACAACUUGGGUUUGAAAUUCGAAAACGAAAGUGAAAGGGCAAAGAAGCUAUAUUCAAGAAUGGAGGGCAAGAAUAUCUUUUGAUUCUAGAUAAUAUUUGGGAACCUCUAGAAUCUGAAAACACGAUAGGAAUUCCUUGCGGAGCUGAUCAUGGGAGAAAUAAACUUCUGUUUACAACAAGAAACUUGGAUGUGUUGGAGAAAAUGGGUUCCACAAAUAAUUUCGGGAUGGGAAUUUUAAAUGAAAGCAAAGCAUGGAACCUAUUCACCAAGAUGACAGGUAAAU